AUGGGGAAAGACGUCAAGUUCCUUCUCUGGUCUGAUAGAGUCAUCAAGUUGGCUGUCAGCGCUCAACCGUAUGCAGCCUUGGCCUGGUCUGGUCUACUCACGAGCGGUGCCAUGCAAAACGAGGCCAUGCUGAAAGGCUUCAAUUCCGUCGGCGAUAUCCAACUGUAUUGGAAAAGCUGCGAGGAUACCGAUCUUCUAUCCCCACAUCAGCACAACUACAAGGAUCUUAUGGAACCCUUGUCUAAGCUCUAUUCCUAUCUUAUCGAAUAUCAAGCCCGGGUAAUAUGUCACCUCUCCAGUACCCAACUCGCCCGUGCGUGGCAGAAAGUGGCUGGCUGGAACGACUGGAGCGGGAAAGAGCGUGACAUCGGUGACUCCCAUGCCCGGUGUGAGGGCUACAUCAAUCCUCUCCAACAAAGGGAAGUUCGGAAACAUCGCGACCAUCAGCUCCAAGUGAUGCAGAAAUCGUGUAGGAUUGAAGAGAAAAUCCUCCAGGCCCUAGAGGAAGGCAAGCAGGACGAGAAGGAGACACGACUGCUUCAAGACCUCGCCUUGGCGUCGUCGGGUUAUGAAGCCGAUAAGGAUUUCAACCCAAAUAGAACAGUUUGCAAAUGGCGCGAUAGCGAGUCGUCAAGUCUCCUCUGGGUCUCUGCGGGGCCUGGAUGCGGCAAGUCAGUUUUAUCGCGAGCUCUGAUUGACGAGGGUCAUUUAGCCACCAGCGUCAAUACGAUUACCAUCACACCCUCGGCCAUCACGACUUCUACAGGCACGACCUCAACCGUCUGUUACUUCUUCUUCAAGGACGGAGACGACCGCCGUAUGGACGCUGCGCAUGCUUUAUGUGCAAUACUGCACCAGCUAUUCUCAAGCGCCUCUACCAGCAGCCUGAUCAAACAUGCACUUUACAGUCACAAGAACUAUGGCAAAGCUCUGGCACAGAACUUCUCCGAGUUAUGGCGGAUCCUGGUAGACUGUGUUAAAUCCUCGGAUGCCGGAGAAAUCAUUUGUGUCCUGGAUGCCUUGGACGAAUGUAAUGAGAGCAGCCGGAGGGAAAUAAUCGGCAAGCUUAAAGACUUCUAUUUCCGAGAGCAGCACCAGCUGAACACAAAGCUUAAGUUCCUUAUAACCAGCCGGCCCUACGAUGACUUGGAAAGAUCUUUUGGAACCUUCUCUGCAACUACUAUAUAUCUUCGAUUUGACUGUGAUGAUAAGUCCGAGGAGAUCAGCCGCGACAUUAAUCUAGUUAUUGAGGCCAGAGUCGAUAAAGUUGCUAGCACGUCUUCAGAAAUGAAGAAUCGCACAUACCUAUGGCUGCACCUGACAUUUAACAUCAUUGAGGAAAGCCCGAGUGAAUAUAGCAGACGAUCAGACAUAGAAGGGGUUUUGUCUGAUCUACCAUCUCAAGUGUCUGAUGCGUACGAAAAGAUGUUGGACCGAAGCAAGAAUUCAGCGAAGACAGAAGCACUUCUUCAAAUCGUGCUUGCCGCGGCGAGGCCUUUGACUCUUGACGAAGCCAGCUAUGCCCUUGCAUUAGCGUUACAAAAGCAAAAGUUCACUUCGCAUAGAGAUCUUGAGGUGGCCCGGUGGAAUGAAGAUUUCAAGGGCGUGGUGAAAAACUUGUGUGGUCUUAUCAUCAACGUCUACGAUUCGAAGUUGUCCUUCAUUCAUCAGACAGCCAGGGAGUUUCUCACUGGCACUACUGAGCGGAAUAUUAAGUGGAAGGGGCGCUUCAGCAACACACCAAAAUCGCACAAUACGAUAUCACGAUGCUGCCUACAUUACCUCCUGCUGCCGGACUUACCUGCGCAAGAUCAGUCCAACCCUGCUAACGAUCAAAAGUACCCACUCAUCGAUUACGCUGCUACUAACUGGCCGUUCCAUUACACUUCGCAGGAUACGGUUGCGAGAGCGAGGGUAUGGUGGCCAAUUUCCUGGCGCAGGAUUUUCGGCUGGCCUGACUGGUCUGACUGGACUGACUGGACUGAUCUGGCGUUGGCGAGCUACUUUGGUCUUCUGCCAGUCGUCAACGAUAUAUUAACAGAGGGAAGUGUUGAUAUUAAUGCGCGAGGCGGAUACUACGGCACAGCACUGCAGGCAGCAUCGGCACAAGGCUAUAAGGGCGUCGUACAGACCCUACUUGACAAGAAUGCCGACGUCAAUGCAGAAGAUGGAUGGUACGGCACGGCGGUCUUCGCGGCGGCCUCGGAAGGCGGCCUCGAAGUGAUGCAGGUGCUCUUAAGCAGGGGAGACGAGGUCAAGAUCACAGCAGAUGUGGUUGAGGCUGCAGCAGAGAAUGGGAGUAGCGGGAAAGAAGUGAUGGCACUGCUUCUCGAGAAGCGAGGAGAUGAGGUUAAGAUCACAGCAGAUGUGGUCAAGGCUGCAGCGGGGAAUGAGGGUAGUGGGGAAGUGAUGGCAUUUCUUCUCGAGAAGCGGGGAGAUGAGGUCAAGAUUACAGCAGAUGUGGUUAAGGCUGCUGCGGGGAAUGAAUAUGGCGGGAAAGAAGUGAUGGCACUGCUUCUUAAGAAGCGGCCAGAAGGACUACAGCUUACAGAAGAGGUGGUAUGUAGUAUUGCAGAAGGGUUUGAAGAAGAAGCGAUAGCACUGCUUCUUAAGAAGUGA